UGUGAUCCUACACACUUCCACACUGUAGGCUUCGAUGUCUGGCGCUGAGCUGCUGUGGGGCUGGGGAGGAGGGAUGGGGAGGGGAGAUAAAAAGGAAAAGGAAAGGCCUCCCACACAGGCAGAUAUGAGACUUAGGAGCUCCAUUAGUUCCUCAAAGCCAGCUGCUGGGUUCAGAUGGAUGUCUGCGCUCUCCUGUUUGAUGUGCGUUCAUCCGUGGCCUCACAUCUCUGCCUCUGUCUCCCGGCUUCGCCCGACUCUGGGCCUCACGGGGCUGCAGAGACAGCAGCUGCCGUAACUAUAGGAUAAAGCCGUCUGCUGCUGCUCGGCGGGUCUGGUUUGACUUCUUUCUUCUUAUGGCAGUUAGGUUUGGAAAUCCAAUGUUGGAAGGUUUGAAGUUCGACUGCCAGUAGAUCUUUUUGUUUCUUGUUGACUAAUGCAUCCCUUUUGUCAUCUCUCCUUGCAGCACCUGUUCAACUCUUUUUUUCCUCACCCUCCUCCUCCUCCUCCUCCUCCCCUCCGGACAUCUUUGGGAAUGGGCCAGAGCCUUGCCAGGGUGCAUCUUUCCACCCGGUGGUGCGGCUGGCGUCGCGCAAGAGUGAGGAGGGCAACGGCCACUUCAUAGAGCCCCGCCCCCCCCUCCUGCUCGCUCCUUCUUUUUUUUUACCUUUUUGACUGCGCUGUGACCUCCUGCCAGCCAUGCCUUUCCGGCUGAUAAUGCGGCGCACCCGCCGCUACAACGUCCUGAGCAAGAACUACUUUGUGACGCGGAUUCGCCUGCUGGACAGCAAUGUGAUCGAAUGCACUCUGUCAGUGGAGAGCACGGGGCAGGAAUGCCUGGAGGCGGUGGCCCAGAGGCUGGAGCUGCGGGAGACCCAUUACUUCGGGCUUUGGUUCCAGGGAAAGACCCAGGCCCCGGCACGUCGCUGGGUGGAGCUGGAGAAACCCCUCAAGAAGCAGCUGGACAAGUUUGGCAAUGAGCCACUGCUCUUUUUCGGAGUCAUGUUCUACGUGCCUAGUGUUUCCCGACUGGAGCAGGAAGCCACCAGAAACAAGGGGAUGCUGCCAUCUGCGGAUAAAUGCUGCUGGUAUCAGUAUUACCUGCAGGUGAAGAAGGAGGUGUUGGACGGACGUCUCCACUGCACAGUGGAGCAGGGGAUCCGACUCGCCGGCCUAGCAGUGCAAGCUGACUUUGGAGACUUUACUCAAUUCAUGUCGCAGGACUUCCUGCGGGAGUAUGUGCUCUUCCCAGUGAACUGGCCGAAUGGAGACGAGGUUCUCGAAGAGUGGACCCAGAAAGUCGCAGAGGAGCACAAGAGUCACUGUCGAAUGCAGACCGCCGAGGCAGAGUUGCUGUACAUCAAGGAGGUGGAAAAACUGGACGGCUUCGGGCAGGAGAGCUUUCCUGCAAAGGACAACUACACCAAUGAUAUUUUCAUCGGCGUGUCCUUCAUUGGGGUGUUUGUCAAACACAGAAAUGGCAGAUCCAUCAUGCUCCACAAGUGGAAGGACAUUGGUACGAUAGCGCACAACAAGUCAGCCAUCACAGUGGAGAUAACGAGCAGAGACGACACCAUCAUUUUUCACAUGGAGGACAUGGAAAUGGCAAAGUACAUCGCUCGUCUUUUCACGGCCAGACACAAAUUCUACAAACAGAACAAGAUCUGUGCAGAGCCCACUCACUCACCUGUACCAAUGAGGAGGAGACCCACUUGGACCCACCGCCUGUCUCUGCCGCGGCCCCAGUCCUGUAAUUUCCAGUCAAUGCAUUCCCAGUAUGGAGAGCAUUAUCAGGACACACAGAGCUCCCAAGACAGCAUCUUCCACGAUGACCCCUACUACAAGUCGGAGACGAGUCUGGACCGCUGCCAGGUGGACUUUCCCUUCCGUAACGGCACGGCGCCCAACGGCAGCAUGUACAGCAGCCCCAGCCUGAGCUCGCUCAAUCAGUCCCAGACUUUCGUCCCCUCGUCCCCCAUGUCCUCUAACCUCAGCAUCCCCGGCAGCGAGCUCAUGCGCCCCGACUACAUCCCCAGCCACCGGCACAGCGCCAUCAUCGCUCCGUCCUACCGGCCCACGCCCGAGUACGACGCCGUCAUGCGGCAGAAGCGGCGCAUGCCCCCUGCCCACCAUGACCUCCACAGCCAAUCGCUGCGCAGUCUGAACAUCAGCAACGCGUGUGCUUACCGGCAGCCCGAGGCUCUGGUGUACAGCCAGCCGGAGAUGAGAGAGAGGGGCCCCUAUCAUGGGCUGGGGCCGAGCCCGGGACCUUAUGGCAAACAGAUCAGCUACAGUAAGCCAGUGUCCCACGGCCCUCAUCAGGGGGGACCCGCCAGCAGCCAGGGCCCGUGUCAUUCCCCUUGUGUUAACGGAGGCGGAGGCGGGGGCGGUGGCGUAGGAAGCUCCAUCUCUCACACGGUCAGCACGCCUGAGCUGGCGAACACCAAACAGCAGGGGACCAACGCGGGAAGCAACGCAGCCACGGCUAACAUGCUGAGAAACCACAUGUCGCGGCCUCCUCCACCUUACCCCUCCAGCGCCUUCCGCCCCGCCACCAGCACGCCGGAUCUGGCCAGCCACCGCCACCGCUGCAUGGGGGGCAGCAGUCCAGAGCUGGUCACCCGCAUGGUGCAGCUGUCGGUCAAGACCUUCCAGCCGGACAGCUCGGCCGUGGUGCACCAGUCCCUUCAGGAGGUUAGUGAACCGCUGACAGCGGCCGCAAAGCACCGCUCCACCCUGGCUAAGAGACACAGCAUGGAGGUGAUCAGCAGCAUGAGAGGAGGAGGAGGAGGUCUUGAGGGCAUUGUGAUGAAGAGCAUAAAUCCCAGCCUUCACCGGAGGAAUACUCUCAGAGAACAUGUAAUGCCUCCUCAGCCUCAGUCCAUUCCUCAGCCACAGCUCCAGCCUCCACCACCAUCUCAGCAGCUACAGGAGUUGCCCAUGCAGAGGAGUUCCAAGAAAUCCCCUGUGUCUCCUGCAACACCAGCCGGGGCGGCGGCGGCGGCGGCCUAUCAGCAUCAAAAGACGCUCUCCAACGCUACCAUGCUCAUACACAGUAGUGAGAGUGAAGAGGAGGAGGAGGAGGAAGAGGAGAGACCUGAGCUGGAUGUUCAAAUCCCGGGUCUCAACGAGGACAUCAGCAUCAGUGCUCAGCUCCAGGCUGCUCUGGCCAAGCUGCCUAACAAACCCCCGCCAGAGUACCCUGGUCCUCCCAGGGGGAGGAGUCACAACCACACUCACCACCACAACCACAAUCAAGGGCCGCAGGGCAGCCAGGGGCCGACGGACCCCAACCAGGCCCUGGGCAGAGCGCACAAGGCCGGGCAGAGCCCGAGUGGCGGCGGGCCUGGAUGUGGUGGUGUUGCAGGUGCUGGUGGGACACUGACCCGAGGGGACCAGGGUGGGGUGAAUGGGGCGGUUUUAGGUCCGUCCAUUUCUGAGCCGGACCUGACCAGCGUGAAGGAGCGAGUAAGGAAGGAGCCGGUCAAAGAGAGGCCUGUGUCGGAGAUGUUCUCCCUACAGGACAGCAUAGUGGAGCGGGAAAUAGCUCAGAGGACGCUGGAGAGGCAGAAGAUGUCCGUGGACUCCAUGAAGAGGCCGCUGAUGAUGGCCGCGCUCAACGGCCUCUACGUGGCCCGAAUGCCCGCCACCGAGAGUCCUGCAGACGAAGGGGCCAAGGCUGCCACCGACGAACGGUGUAAGACCUUGGAGUUGAAGCUGGAAGAGGAGCGGGUCUUCACAGAGUACGAGCAGGUGCCCAAGAAGAGGGCCGACUGUGUUCUCACCACGGCGACGCUGCCCGAAAACACAGAGCGCAACCGGUUCCGCGACGUCGUUCCCUACGAAGAGAACCGGGUCGAGCUCGUGCCGAAUAAAGAGAACAACACGGGCUACAUCAAUGCCUCGCAUAUCAAGGUGAUGAUCAGAGGGGAGGAGUGGCACUACAUCGCCACCCAGGGUCCGCUAGCCAGCACCUGUGCCGAUUUUUGGCAGAUGGUCUGGGAGCAAGGCGUCAACGUCAUCGCCAUGGUUACUGCCGAGGAGGAGGGCGGCCGGUCCAAGAGUCACCGCUACUGGCCCAAACUCGGCUCCAAACACAACUCAGCCACUCACGGCAAGUUUAAGGUGACCACCAAGUUCCGCACUGACUCGGGCAACUACGCCACCACGGGGUUAAAGGUCAAACACUUGCUGUCUGGCCAGGAGAGGACCGUCUGGCACCUGCAGUACACCGACUGGCCUGAGCACGGCUGUCCCGAAUAUGUCCAGGGAUUCCUAUCCUACCUGGAGGAGAUCCAGUCUGUAAGGAGACACACCAACUCCAUGCUGGACACCUCAAAGAGCCUCAAUCCUCCCGUGGUGGUUCACUGUAGUGCCGGGGUGGGUCGCACCGGGGUGGUCAUCCUCACCGAGCUCAUGAUAAGCUGCCUGGAACACAACGAGGCCGUGGAGGUUCCCACCAUGUUGUCAGGGCUGAGGCAGCAGCGGAUGCUGAUGGUGCAGACCAUUUCCCAGUACACGUUUGUCUACCAGGUCCUCAUUCAGUUUCUCAAGAACUCCCGCCUCAUCUGAGCCCCGGUAUGCUGACCUUUGUACUCGCGCGCCAUUCGCUGAAUGACGCCGGCAGACAACAAUGGUCCGUCAAAAGAUUCAUGUCGACUUUUUAUGUGGAUUUAUAUACAAACUCACCUCAAAGGGGAAAGGAUUUGGUUAGGCCUUUACAAAAAAAUCACAACAUUAUCUCCUAUCAUGUGUACGUAGUAACCCCCCCCCCCCCCGGGUUUAAUUAUUGUCUGUUGGAAAAAAAACUGUAUGUAAGUUUCCUGUGUGUGUGUGUGUGUGUGUGAGUGUUUUCUAACAAAUACUUUUAAGGAUUCAAAUCUCAGUUUUUAUUUUGGGUAGUUUCCAAACCUGUUACCUUUUCUCAUUCCUUAUUUAGCCAUUAUCAGAUGAACAGUAAUUGGCAGCAGUAUUGCUUCUAUUUUCCAUACACGGAAACAAAAGUGUUCACUGUUCAUCUAAUCAAUGUUCCAAAGUGUUGCUUUGAUUUUCAACACAGUAUUGAUUAAUACAGCAAAUAUUCACAUCAACGCUGUGACAAAUGUUUUGUUGCAUUGACGAGCGUGUUGAUCAUUGAGGUACAACAAAGUUUGUUAUGAUCCAAUGCGUCUGAUCACGUGUCAAACCUAAAACCAUUUCAAAAGCCCACAGUGUUUAUUCAAUGAAUUUGAUCAUUUCUUAAUGUAUUGUUUCACGGCUGGUAGUCAAUAGAGAAAUGUGUCUUGAUUCUGCAGAUACUGUCCGCACUGACUCAUUGUGCCUUAGUGACACAUACACCAGGAGAACGGCCCCACCUUGUGUUUUGGGUUCUCAAUGGGUUUGGUAAUUUAUAUAUAAAUAUAUUUUACCUCUAAAGAUUAAAUCUUUAAAUUGGUAUUUACUAGUUUGUGUUUUCUUUAAGGAACAACUAAAACAUUUAAUAUAAUAAUAAGUCUCCUGUUAAGGAUUUGAACAGCAGAAGAAUACUGAUGUACAAAAAUGUGCAGCCUUUAAUAUCUGAUCCAAGCCCAAAAGGUAGAAUAGAUAUUACGUUGCCGCGUUCCUUGAUUCCAUUCAUAAAAAUCACGUAUGACAGUUUAUUUUUACGUGUUACCUUAAAUAUUCUUUUAUUUUUUUUCUGAAUGGUAAUGCAAAGUCAGCCAUGUCCAAAACGACUUAAUACAUAGUAUGUUUUAUAUAGUUUUUCUUUUGACUUGGUACCCUAAAAAUACCGCAACAUAAUAAACUAUGCAUGCAUUUUUAUAUUUUAUUGUAUAUAUUCUCAAAUAAGUAAAAGCUUUUUGCUCUCAUGACAUACAAGUGUUUUGUUGCACUUCUGUUCUUUUUGUGACAGUAUUUCCUCACAAGGCAUUCCACUGUUUGUUUAUAUUUAAUUUUUCCCCUCAAUUUUCUCUUUUGGCAAAGCUCCCAAAAACCUUUCAAAGUUUGUGUACAUAUGUUUUGUAUAUGCGUUUUCAGUGCAUCAAGCCUUUUGUUUUUCUGUCUCCAGACAUGUAUGAAGCUGUCAUACUUGCUUAUUAUGUAAUAAAGCCUUAUUUUCUCUAA